UACAUUAUUUUUAGACUAGGCCAGGUAGUGAAAGGCGCUUGGCAUGCUCCUCUCGAUCUCCGUUAUUCCUUUAAAGUGGACAACCAUUCCCAACCAAAAUCAUAAUAAAAUCCAGUUCCUCUUGCAUUACAUGCACACAUUUUGACGGAAAAUUUUGAGGGAAGAUUUUGCCCGACUUGAGAAUUAUUAUGAAGUGACCCAUUUAAGCUUUCAGGACUGUCUUCACCAUACUACAUAGGCACGCUGCCCACUAAGUUCUGUUCAAGUGUGGUGCCCCAUGCUCAUCCACCACGACACUUAUUAGUGACGCAUACAAAUUGUAUCAACUCAAACCGGUGUCACCGCUGGGGUGAGAAAGGAGUUACACGAGCAAAAUGUUUGGUCUGGCUGGAAAUAAGACGGUGACAUAUCGCGAUUACUUGGUGUGGACCUACACCGAGCCUCCCACAAUUCGUCCGUUGUGGUUCGAAAAGUUAGAUCUGAUCUGGAGCAUCGAGUGGGCGAUAAAAUACUGGACGAUAUCAAUUUGGGCAGCUGCACUCUACUUAAUUUUCAUUUUUGUUGGACGAAAAUGGAUGGAGAACCGGAAGCCGUACGAUCUGAAGUCUGUUCUGAUCUGGUGGAACGGGGCACUUGCCAUUUUCUCAAUUUGGUCAUUUAUUCGCACCGUGCCGGAACUUGUGCAGGUCUUGAGCACAGAACACGGGUUAUUUCGGUCCGUUUGUGUUAGGGAGUACUUCAAUGAAAGCAGCGCAUUUUACGGCUGGCUCUUUAUGUGGUCGAAAAUAGUUGAGCUCGGCGACACUGUGUUUAUUGUCUUGAGGAAAAAGCCACUGAUUUUCCUUCACUGGUUUCACCAUAUCACAGUCCUUGUGGCCGUCUGGGUGAGUGUUUUUCACUUUGACCCAGUGUCGAGAUGGUUUGGCGUGGUCAACUUGGGCGUGCACAGUUUGAUGUACACGUACUACUCGCUCAAAGCUAUGGGAUACUGGAUACCAAAAUGGGUUUCAAUGACUAUCACCUUCCUACAAAUUAGCCAAAUGAUCUUGGCCGUUGGACUAAACCUUUACGCCAUUUACGUGAAGAGCACUGGGGUGACUUGUGCGAGGAGUGACGAGGGGAUAAAAAUCCAUUUCUGGCUGUAUUUUGCCUACCUGGUUCUAUUUGCCAAUUAUUUCUACAAGGCAUACUUGAGACCACGCAAGUCUUUAAAAGGAAAAGUCGAAUGAUUUAAAAAUAAACUGAAUCCGAUAACCAGCACAUUUUUGCAUAUAUUGGGGCUUGUAUUGUGUUUUGUAGUACAUCAGUAUAGCAUAAUUGUGAUGGAGGGGGAAAAGUCCUUUAUUUGGCCAUAUGCUGAACCUCCCUUGUACGAACCCUUCUGGUUGGAGAAAUUUGAUGUCGUCUCCUGCCGUGACUGGAUGGAGAAAAAUUGGCACUGGAGUGUUUACAUCUGCAUUGCUUAUGUCGCAAUUGCUGGACUUGGGGAACAAUUAAUGAAAACCCGGCCACCUUUUGACCUGAGGUACAGUUUGGUCGUUUGGAACUUAUGCAUGGCCCUUUUCUCAGCCUUGGGUUUCAUCCGCUGCCUUCCCGAACUUCUUCUCGUUCUGAAAGGACCGAAUGGUUUUCAUCGGUCCGUUUGUGUAAGAGACAAUCACACCCAAGCUGCAGCCUUCUGGGCGUGGGCUUUCACUUGGUCGAAAGUCUUAGAGUUGGGAGACACAUUUUUCGUCAUUGCGAGGAAAAAAGAGACCAAGUUCAUCCACUUUUAUCACCACGUCGUGGCGUUGAUAAUGUGCUGGUGUUACUACUCGGACUAUGAACCUAUAGCUCGAUGGUUCGGGAUAAUCAACUUUGGAGUCCACACCAUCCUCUACUCUUAUCUCUUCCUUAAGGCCCUGGGAGUCACAGUGCAUCCAGCAUUCGCCAAAUGGAUAAUUUCCAUCGAGCUGGCGCAAAUGAUUGUUGGUCUAAUUGUCAACUCGUACGCUCUCUCCAUGAAAAUUCAAGGGGUCCACUGCGCCAGAAAUCCGAAAGCUAUAGGGUUACAGAUGGCAACCUAUGCAUCCUUCGUCCUAAUUUUUACAUAUCUCUUCCAACACUCUUCCACAAAGAUAAAAUACACUAAGGAGGACAAAGAAAAGACCAAGUCGAGUUAAUUGUGCUCUUAUAUACCAUGUAUCCAAAUAUGUACAUGUUUAUUUCCCAUGAAGGAAUAAAGCAAGAAUAAAUAGCAAGCUCGUCAACAAUAAAACUUUGUUUUAAAAAACAA